AAACCCUUUGCCUCGCGACCACCAACCACCAUGUCUACCAAUAUCACUGCUCUCGAAUCUCUCUUUCGCCGCAUUCUGCGUGUCACAGUCACCGAUGGCCGCGUCUUCAUUGGAUCUUUUGCUGGCACGGACAAACCGCUAAAUAUUCUCCUUGUCAACACCGAAGAGUUUCGUAUCGGUGUCGACGAAAAUCCAGACGGACGAUUUGUUGGCCAGAUCAUGAUCUCAUGGCAUCUUGUUGUUAAAGUGGAGGUGUAUCGAGAAGAUGCGAGUCAUUUGGAGACGACGGAAUAUAACGAUGAGGACAGGUACACUUGAAAGUAUAUACAAACCACGACAAUAAUCAUCGUAUUCUGACAG